AUGAGGGGGGUGCAGCAUACGCCUCAAGUUGGCGACGCUGGGCGCAUGGUGGCGACAAGGGGCAGUAGGGGUGCAGCACCAGCGGCAAGGGAUGGCCGGGGCCAGCGGGCGGGUGCGCCCUCCGCGGGCCCGGUGGCACGCGGGAGAGCACGCACGGGGGGGCAGCAGUUCCCCGUGGAUACCGCGGGUCACAGCAGGCCCCGCGGUAGGCUGGAAGACAGGGAGUGGGUCAGCGGCCGCAGGGCCGCGGCACGGGCCGCUGAGCCCGACAGUGGGUCCUCCGCGGGGUCAGGGGAUUUUUCUGCUUCCCCAGAAAGGGAGGAAGCAGGCUCUGCAAUUGAGAGUGGCAGAGCCGUCAGGGGUGCCCUUGCUUUCGGCUUAGAGCACGACGAACAGGGUCCCCGGGGCGCAUCAAGCAGUCAGCGGGCGCGGGCUCGCGCCCAACCAAGGACCGGCCACCCAUCGGGCGGCGGUUCCGGGCGUCGCGCCGCGCGGGAUGGGGGCCAGUCUGCGGGACGCAGAGGGUCUGGCGACCGUAGAGCAUCAGCGGCACAGCGAAUAGCACGGGCCUGCCGAGAGCUGGGGGCCGCCGCGGCGGAGCUUGAGCUGGGACCAGAAAGGGAGCGGGGGCGCACAGUCACCGCGCAUUCCGCACGGGGUGCCCGGCGUGCGCCACAAGCGUGGGCCGGGCCCUCUUCUGUUUUGUCUUCCACAGAGGACCGAAGCGAAAGAGAUGGGGCGGACUCCGUGGCGGACGAGGAUUGGCUGGAGGAUAACGAAGGAUCCGGGUCGGAGAGGUCGAUAGCAUCCGGUGAGUUGGUGCAAUCUAUAUCGGUUUCCACCACUAGCUCGAGUUCGCGAAGCUCUUCUUCCUCCGCGUCCUCCUCUUCUUUAGCGUCGCAGGCGUCCGACGCGGAUAGCACUGCUAGGGCAAGGAAGGAGGCCGAGAAACUUGCCAAAAGAGCGGCAAGGCAGCAGAAGAGGCGCAAGCGACGCAGGCGAUUGAGUGUAGAGGAGCGUAGGGCAAAGAAGCGGCGCGAUCUGCCGGGAGUAGUGCGCUGCGAAUACACCGCAGUUAUGAGGGGGCUGCGAGAUAGCUGCCGCAAGAAAAUAUGUAGGGGUGACUUCGUGGACUUAUUCGUCUUGACGAGGGCCAUGAAGAGGGAUUACAAAGCGGCGGCCGCUAAGACAGGCAUGGGUACUGAAGCUUUCCGGUCUUUUGAUAAUUGGCUGGCCGGUUUUUGGGUGUUUGCGGCAUGCUAUUUGGAGGAUAGGCCGGAAGAACACAUGAAUAUCAUCCGGUACCUUCAUCUAGUGCAUGACAUGCAGCGCACGUCCGCAGGCUCGGAAUGGCGCCAGUACGACCAAGAGUUUCGGGAGAAACAGGAUGGGCUGCGGGUUAUGGAUUUUGGUUUCAAAGACGUGGAGGUCUGGCUCAAGGUGACCCGGGCGUCACAACAAGAGGCGGAGCCCCAGAAACAGGGGACAGGGGUGCGUCGCGCGGGGUCAUCAGCCCAGGGGGCGGCCGCGGACGGAGGAAUGGCCAGGACAGGCGGGUUGGCCGCUCGCGGGGGCGGGCGGUCUGCCACUCGGGGGAAAUGCUUCGCAUUUAACAGCGGAACAUGUUCCUAUGGCAAGCAGUGUCGGUUUCGUCACUCCUGCCACCAUUGUGGGGGAGCCCACCCAGCCUCCUCCUGUUUCAAAGGGGGGCGACAGGGAAGCAAGGGGAAGCAGCCUUACUCUAAGCAGACCGCGAGCGGGACCGCUCAGCAGAGCCCCAACGCCAGUUAAGUUGGCAACGAUGGGCAAAUGGCUGCAUAUGUAUCCAAAUAGAGAUGAUGCUAAGUUUUUGUUAGACGGUUUUAAGUUUGGUUUUCGCUUGCCUGUUGCAAGCGAGGUAUCAGUGC